AUGCAGCUGCUGACUCUCUCCAUAGCUCUACUAUCGUUCGACUACUUAAUCACUUUCGACCGAGAGAUUUGCUACCUCUCAGGACACAAACGAAGUUGGGUAAUGGUGGUGUUUCUACUCAACCGGUACAUCAGCCUCUUCCAAUCUUUGGUGACUCUUCUCUCUACAUUGUUACCUGUGACUACCUUUAGUUGUAUAUAUAUGACGCGUACCAUAGACGCAUGUCAGAUCCUACUUUACGUCGUCUGGGCAGUGUUCUCCGCCUUGAGAGUUUAUGCUUUCAGUGGCAACAAUGCUAUUGCCGUUGUUGUCGUUGUUGUGCUUUCUUUAGUCCCAGUUGUGACAUACACUGCACUAUCUGCAUACACUUGGAUCGAGGUUGACCCCUUAUGGCCCUCUUCGAACAUCAACUAUUGCAAUGAGGGUUACAGUAUCACUCCCCAGGUGUUCGCGAACCUCGGUUUGCUCAAGAAUGUCCCGCUCCUGCUCUUGGAGGCCAUCGUGAUUGUAGUGACCUUCGUGAGAACGUGGAACCUGGCGCAUUCGCGUGACAAGUCCUCAAUGGUCGAGCUAGCACGGCUGGUUCUCAAGGAAGGUAUCAUCUACUUUCUGGCCAUUCUCUUGAUCAACAGCACUCAGAGUAUUUCUGACUUACUCCUAGACUUGAGUGUAAACUUUGUCGCCGCUAGUGCUAUGUUCCCCCUGAUGGUUCCUGUGCUCGUCUCCCGUUUCUAUCUAGACUUGGACGAUAUACGCAGGGCCGAAGAUGCACGAAAAGCGGAGGCGAACCGUCGGGCCGAUUUGGAGAGAGCCAAGUUGUGGAGGAUCAAGCCUCUUCCCCCUCUCCCCAAAAGCGAGUGCGGUGAAAAUAUCAGCUACAUAAAGGAGGUGUUCCAGUACAACAGGCGACUAUGGGGCAAGAACGCCAUCCUGAUAUAA